AGGCAUAGGAAGCUAGCUAGCCGGGGCGCGGUGCCGGUGCAGCGCACACAACUGGGUGCCUGGGUCGCUUAGCUGCUUCGCAUCCGUCAUUAUUCGUCGCAUCCCACGCGCAAAAAGGCUGCCUCCGACCAAGUUAGCACACGCCAUUCCAAGGCAGGGCAGAGGCAGCGGGCAGCCAUGCGCGCGCGGCUGCCCUUGCUCGUCGCCGCCGCCGCGGCAGCCUGUGACUACUAUCUGGACGACGGCACGUGCUGCAACGCCGGCAACUCCGAGGGUCCGCAGACGCUCCUCAAAGCGCCGGCGACGUUAAUUGCCAGUGAUGGCCUGAAGGCCGAUCUACGGCUCGAUCUCCAGUAUCGACGGCAUCCGAACGAGGCCUGGCAGCCCAUCGGCAAGGAUGCUGUAGUACCAACCCAUAGCCGCGACGCGCACGUUUUUGUCGUGCGCGACGACUUUGGCUCCGUAGCACACGUGCACGGGGCUUGGGAGGGCUCGGACUUUAUACUGCGGGACGUGCCCUUCGUGAGCGGAGGAAAUCACCGCAUCCUGGCGUCCUUCGCCGUCGACGCGAACGUUCUCAACAUCUGCGUCGACGAGUCGAGCGUGCACGCGCAUCCGACGGCCGGCGUCCCGGGCCACAUCUGGGUCCACGCCGCGACGGAGUCCUCUGUUUCAUUACCCGGUACGGAGACGACCACGCAAGACCCCUGGGACCUUUCAAAGACGCAGAACGCCACCUUGACGACUUUGGUGGACGGCGAGCUCCCGACGGCCUUCUCCACCCCACGCUUGCAAUGCCCCGGCGGUCCCGAAGCGAUCACACUGGACCUGGAGACGCCUUCCCUAGAGCUGGCGCAUGCCCAAUGCUCGCGACUUACUUGGCAAGCGUCGGCGCCCCUCACACCGUACUUGGGCGCCGCGGCCCAUAUACUGAUAGCCCGGUUCAAUGGUGAUCUAAUGCACACGCACGCGACAAUACCAGAACGAGUGCUAGGCGACCCCUGCGCGGCGAGUUUCGUGGGUCAUUUCGACGACCUGACGCCGUUGCCUACAAAACUGAAUCACACGGUCGUCGGCGCCGUCGACUUUGAUGAGCCUGGCAUCUAUCUGGUCGCGGCCUUCGUCGCGACCGGUGAUGAUGCUCUUGCGGCGUUCCACACCGUUCUGGUCGGCGAGGCUUGUGUCGCUGCGGAGGUGGUCCCUCACUGUGCGGGCGAAUGGCGGCUUCCAUCAACGGCCUGCGAGGCGGGCUUCCCGCGCGAGCCGUCGCCACGACCGACGCUUGCGCCGACGACGACGCCCGCGCCGAUGUCCGGGUCGCGGGGAGCCCGAACGUCUAGUGGAGGCGACGGAGGCGGACCCAAGGGGAACUUCAAGGUCGUCUUCGGCAUGAUCGUCUUCUUCGUGCCGCUCGGCCUGGCGCUGCUCUACUGCCUCCGGGGGCGCAUCGUCAUGUUUGCGCGGAAGGCGCGGCGCCGCGUUACGGCCGCGGUCUGUGCCACUAGUGGUACCACAGACUGUACGUGCGUCGAGAUGCCUCCCCAGCGGGAAUUCGCUUGACGUGCUCUUUUUCGCGCGU